AUGACGGCGCGGGUUUCAGCAGCCUCGGACCUUCCCCGAGCACCGCCCACAGAACCGCGUUCCAUGAGACGCGACAUAACACCUCCAACUUCUAAAAGACCGACAGCUUCUCGGCAGCAUGAUGUGUAUAGACCCUCCCCGUACGCCUCAGGGGAGGAUUUUGGCCGCGGGGGAAGACUUAGCAUUUCAGAUGUCUGGCGGCCAGGUCCUAAUCACUAUGCCGGUGUCGCCAGCCCUGAGCAAGCUUCGGCUGGAUCACCAGAACACGUACGUGGAGAUAGAGCUCGACGUGUGUGGCGAGAAAGUCCUCCGCGACAAACAUUCGACCGUGUACAAGAGCCAUCUCCACCACCACCAGUCCGUGGCGGGUUUGAGAGAGAAGAGGCUGGAUCAAAGUCUCAAGAGCAAGAAAGACUAACAGCUGAGGUGACAACAGCAGUGUUCUGGCGAAUUCUUGAGGCACAACAUGCAGCUCGCUUAUCAAACAAUAUGGGUCAAAGUAGAGUACCUUCAACAUUCGCACCCCGUCUAACGGACGAUGACUUCGACAUGACUAGCUCGUCUGUUGAUCCUGCACUAAGAUCCUUAGGAACAGAAGACCGUCAUUCGCUGGCAACUUGUAAUGUCGACGGGGUCGCGGAUGAACAAAGAGUGCCAUUGAAGGCAGUCGCACUUUCUUUGCAAGAUCCAAAAUUAUUCUUGACGGACUCCGCACUUUCAUCGUCCCUUCAAUUUGACAAAACCAUGAACAGUCCUAACAAGAACAUGGUCGCUGGUGCCUUAAAACGGGCCAAGAUCCCAACUGAAGAUACAGCCUCAAACUCAUCCACCACAGAUUCGAAGACCAAAACGAUCUGUCGAGAAUGCCGCACGCCGGGCAGCUCCCUCACACCUCUCGUCCGAUGUAUCAGAUGUGAGAGAGGAUAUCACCAUAGCUGCGGUAACCCAAAACCUCCCAAAGGUGCUGACGCUGAGGAGUUCGUCUGCGGAAAAUGCCUCAAGAACCAAGGCCGUGGUCCAACUAGUGGAGAUGUAUCUCGAUCUGCUAGCAUCACUGAGAGACCGACUGUCGCUUCUGCAUCUCUCAGAAACACUAUUCUGCCGUCGACGGAUGACCUCAAACCUCCUUCGCGGCCUCCCACACACGAUCAAGAUCAUCCUGCCCCUCAAACGAAGUUGGAGUCCUCGCAGGGCACAUUGUACAAAUCAAUCACUUGUCCUUGGUGGAGAAAGGGCAGAUGCAACCUUUUUGAGGAUCACUGUCUCUUUGCUCACUCUGACACUGGACAUUAUGCUCCCAACGGCAGGAAUCCAGCAAGGGCAUUCACAUGUGCAGAAUGGCGCGAAGGUCGCUGCCAAAAGUCGUCCUUGGACUGUCUCUACUCUCAUAGGGACACUGGGCUACACGUCACCUUCGAGCACCAUGUCGUUCGCAAGCACAUCACCUGUUACUACUGGAAGGUCAAUGGCACAUGUACAAAUUACGAAAAGGAUUGCGUGUACGCUCAUCGAGACACUGGUAUCCUUGCUUGGAAGCCUGCAAAAGAUUCUCGCUCUCCAUUCCGCACCAAUUCACUCAAAAAUUACAUAUGCCCUCGGUUUGAAACCCGGGGAUCCUGUCACUUGUCCCAGAAUGAGUGCCCAUACACUCACAGCAGCUCUGCCAUAUCAUGCCUGCUUUUGACCACUGGCAAUCGUUUCAACGCUCGACAAUCAGAUGUCUCUCCUGUGCUGGACUCGAGAGUACCACAAGCUCUAGUCUCGUCCUCAACUUCUAUCCCAAGAAUGAUGUCGUCUUCAUCAGUUGAUAGAUUGUCAAAACCUACAGACGUACAGAAAAUCGACCAAACCAAUCAGGAUCCUUCUACGAUACAAAUGCCGUCGCCCAUUCUCACUACUGCCGUGGCAGAUAUUCCAAGCCACGACUCGAAAAUCACGGAUACUAUUUCACUACCUAUAGGCCAUCAUCCUCGUGCUGGGCGGCAGAUGGCAAAGCGUGGUGGGCGUAUAAGUCAGCCUCGGAAAGAGAGAAUCAACAGUCUUGAGAAUGCUGUACCUGGAACAUCAGCCCAGAACCAGUCGGAUACGAAUUCACUCGAUAGUGUUGAGCGCAUUUCCAACGUUUCGACUGUAACUGACAUAAAGACAUCUGUUAGAAAAGCGCAAAAAGAGACAAACCCGUCCUCUCGCUUGGUGGGUGACACCACUUUAAGAAGCAUUACUGACAACAGAGUCAAGAAAUGUAGCCAAUGUGGGAAAAUGAUCCUGGGCUUAGCCACUCAGUGCCGCGCAUGCAGCACAAUAGAUGGGAAAGCGGUGCAGGAUUAUGGUUCACGAGCGCCGGGAAGCGUGAGUGACGACAGUGAUGUUGAAAUCACUGGAAGGACAACCGCAGCAGCGAUGAAUUCUGAUAAGAAAUCAGGCAGAGAAAUUGAGUCUGAAGAAUCGUCUCGGCGACUUGUUGCUAAUAUUCUCAAGCGCACUAAUCGAGAUGACCAUUUGUUCAUUUCAGUCAAAAAGCACAAGCCUUCGUAUGCUGCAGAUAUGCUGGCUGAGGCCGAAAGUCGGCUACGAUCUGCUGCUUUGACCAAUAUACCGUCGACGCAAAGUGGAUUGCAUACGAUCUUCGGAAAUAGUCCACAUCAAAUCCCUCCAUUGGUGCCAGUCGUGGAACAUGUGGCAGCAUCGACAUCGCGGGCUUCCUCAUCGCUUCAUAGCUCUCGUGAUAGUUCAAUGGAUGACUAUCGUCAUAUCCACCAAACACAGGCUUUGAAUCAAUCCGCAGAGCUUGCAACCGGAGCAUCGCUAUCAAGGUUAGAGGAGAUCGUCAAGGAUGUUACUUCUCAGGUAAAGCAACGUGAUGCUCAGAAGAGAAUGUUCCAAAAGAUGCCUCCUCCAGCUUUGGGCUCACCGAUCUUGGGCACAAGAGAUGAAAUACAAGAUCCGGAAAUAAUGAACGAGUCAUUCGAGCCCGAUAUUCAACCCGUUCAGUUGACCAAGCAAAAUCACCUUGCUCAACAUGGACACGACCCAAUUGUCAAGAACACUGUGGAGGAUCAAGUGGCUGGUUUAUUCGGCCGCGCGAAAUCCCCAAGUCACUCGGCGGUCAUAUUAGUCCAAGCUCAUCAAGCCGAAACAUCUGGCAAAGCACAAAUCACGUCUGAAACCCUGAGCUCCAGUUGCGAAUCCUGCAGAAAUGCACACAAGAAAUGCGUACAUAAAUCUGGAGAUCAGAUACCUUUUCCCCCAAGCAAGAUACAGCCCGCAGCAUCAAGUGCUCCGCGGGGUAUUUCAGACCAAGCUCAUCAACUCGGCAUCGUUGAGAAGGCAAAGGAGAGAAUAGGAACAAAAGCAACGUCCGAAAGCCUAAGUUACCGCUGCAAGCCUUGCAUAAAUGCACAUAAGAAGUGCUUACAUGCGAAGGGAGGCGCAUUGGAUGUUGAGAAAUGUAUCUUGUUCCUUGAGGUCAAUCCAACACGUCCUCAGACCGGAAAAGUUAGCAUUGACAUGUGGCAAAAGAUUAAUGAGGCAGUACGCCUGGUCAGCAAAGACUCGACUGAGGCCAAUGUUGCAGUUAGUGAGACAGAGAGCAGUGACCUGUCAAUGGGCUUGGACGCUCAGCCACUGGCGGCGCAAAUACCGCCUGUUGAGCGGCCUCCUCCAAAACUGAGACUCAUUGUCAAAGUUCCAUCAAGAAAUGCGUUGCAGAAGGAAUCCUCUUCGAAAAAUCCUUUGAAUCUCAUUGAAACCCCCGUUACUACAAGCGAUCACAUUGCUGCCGAGGGUCCAGCCAGGGCACUUCCUGGUGAUCGUCGAGUCCCGCAGCUACAAACCAGAGCAGUAGCGACACUGGGUGAGAAUAUGAGGCAAACAGCAGAUGAUUCCGAUGACGAUCUACCCCUGGCCUUCACACGAUCAAGACCCCAAGACGACUCGUCCGUUGAGGACUUGCCUCUGGCGGUGACAAGAUCCGGCGAUCGAGUGGAGAGAUAUUACCCGAUGCUCCCACCACCUUCGUCCAGUUCGGAUGACGACUUGCCUUUGGCAGUCACAAGAUCCGGCGAUCGAAUGGAGAGAUAUAAUCGGCUACCCCCACAACCUCCGUCCACUUCAAUUUCGAACACUCUUUCCCUUGAGGCUCCGGAUGUAAGAAACAACAUCAAUGUCCUUAAAAGACCACGGGAUCAAUCAAAAGACUCGGCUCCUACUUUGCCGCUCCCAAUAUCAGGUUCGGUCUCGACGCUCUCUCCUAGUGUGGAUCCAGGACCGGACGUUGUUGUCCCAGGCGCUGUCGCUGGCAAGAUCAACAAAGCUCUUCCUCGUCGACGUCAGCCACAACCACAGCCACAACCGACCAAGACACAACCGCUAUGGACUGAUGAAGACGAACAACGGGCUGUCGACGCCCUUCGAGCACGUGGCGUAGUGAUCGAAUCCGAGUCAGAAGACGACGGAGAGGCUAGCGACUACUACGAUGAAUUAAGCUCUCGCGCAGUGCCUCCACUCAUCACUGACCCACUACACCACAUGCCAGUCUCCCGGAACCCAUUCGACGUAGAUCACUCACUCGACCUCCGCAGCCUCGAAAAUCGCUACAAAGCCCUCGACAUCAGACCACCGUGGAAGCGCAACCGCCCUACCAAGAAAGAACUCAUGAGUGGGAAUGCUCUUCUACUCUACCAGACACGCGAGAACAGGUUAAAGUACGGAGAUCCGCAUAUACAACUCAUUCGCAAAGUUGGUGACGAAGUCCCUGUCACAGCGCUUGUCGAGAUCGACAAAGGCUUCAACAUAGAUUCCAGCUUCGACACGCCUGGAAGUCGAGAACUUAGUGUGCAGCGUGUCUCAACGACAUUUCGAGAGUUCAUGGGCAUGCCCAAGGCGGCGGUGAUUGCGCAGGGCAAGAAUAAAGACGAGUUGGUUUUUCUGGAGAAGAAGCUCGAGGGUGGGGACGGGACUGUCUCGGGGGGCAGGGUCAGAGCGAGGCGGGUCAGAGAUGAUGAGGUUUUCCCUUUCAUUUACAAUUGA